CGGCGGCAGCGUUCUCGAAGGUUGUGGGGAGAGAAGCGGCUGGCGCGGCGCCGCUCUAGGAUAUGAAAGAUGGCAAGUCCAGAUAGAAGUAAACGGAAGAUUUUAAAGGCGAAAAAAACAAUGCCUCCAAGUUGCCGGAAGCAAGCAGAGAUCCUGAAUAAGUCAAAGAAUGUUGAAGCACUAAAAACAGCAGCAAUUGGGAAUAAUGUAUCAAGUGGUAAUCAGAAUUCAAGUACUGAUGUCAUAAGUAGCAAAUGUAGACAUUCUGAAAAUGAUGCUUCCUCUUUGGACUCUAUCAGAAAUUCAGUAUGUGCACCAAAAAGUAAAGUAUUUUCUCAGAAUUUAAUAAAACCACUAGAAAUUGUUGAUUCCAAAACAAGAUUAGAAUACACUGAAGAACAAGUUGUGUACCCUUAUGAAAAGCCAAGUAAAACAGUAGUAUCUCCCAGGAAACUCUUUACACAAGACGCAAAAGAUUCACGAAACACUUCUGAAAACCAUUUUGAAUGUCAGGCAAGUGUAACACGAUCCUUUUUUGAACAUGAAGAGGAUGGUAAUCUGAAAUCCAUUUGCUCUCCAUCCAGUGUAUUGAGUGGUGUAGUUCAAGUGUCAAAGUCUACAAUAACCAAUACCUUGGAUGAUAAGAGAAUUGACAAGAUAGUUUCCUAUUUAGAAAUAAACUCCAAUUCUGAGUUACAUGGUAAAAGACAAAAUAACACUUUAAUUUUAAGUUCAGAUACCUCUUUUGUGCCUGUUGAUAAAAUACCUAAGUUGGUAAAUUCAGUCAUUUCUAGUAACUGUGCUGCUGACAUUUUGAAAAGUGAAGAGUCCUGUAGAACCUGUCAUUCCAGCAUUUUAAGUUGUGAAAGUACAGAUGCAAAGUGGCUGUCCUCAUUUGACACUGAUAGUAAUAACAGCCAUAAUCAAAAGAAGAGGAUGUUUUCAGAAAACAAAGAAAAUGUUAAGCGUGUGAAAACUUCAGAGCAAAUUAAUGAAAAUAUUUCUCUAGCUCUGGGAAAGCAAACAGCAUUGCUGGAACAGGUCAGACAUUUGAUUCGACAGGAGAUCUGUAGUAUAAAUUACAAACUAUUUGAUAACAAACUGAAAGAAUUGACUGAACGCAUUGGGAAGACACAGUGCAGGAGUAAACAUGAAGCAAUAGCUGAUGAACUCUUUACAAAAAUAACAAAACUUCAAAGACGUAUUAAAACGGUAAUGUUACCUCAAAGGAAUUGUGUGGAACCAAACAUGGUAUCCAGCAAUACAGCUUGUAAGGUUGCAAAUUCAGAGACUAUGAAUUUGGAUAAGAAUCCAGAGUCAGUUAAUAGUCCACAGGAAAGAAAAACUUCUGUGAACUCUGAACCUUCUAACCCUUCAGAAAAAGCAAGUGAAAAGAUUAAUUUGUCACGGGAACAUAAUGAGGCUGUUUCUGAAAGUAAUGAUGAUGUCAUGUUGAUUUCUGUGGAAGGUCCUAAUUUGACAACUCCAAUUACAUCAGAUCCAACAGAUACUGGAAAAAUUACAUCAGGAAAUUCUAACAGUUCACCUGAUGCUGAAACUGAAGCUAUGGCUAAAGAGAAGAAGAAACUUGAUUCUGUGAUUGAUCUAACGAACGAAGGCCUGUCAAACUGCGACACAGAAAGUCCAGUAUCCACGCUUGAGUUACCUACGAAAGCUAUUUCAAUCUCAAAAGAGACAACCCCAGUGGCACAAAAUGCAGCCCAGGUUCUUGAGUCCUUUGAGCACCUGCCACCUCUCCCAGAACCACCACCACUAUUACCCGAACUGGUAGACAAAAUCCGAGACACACUUCCUCCCCAGAAGCCUGAGCUCAGAGUAAAACGGGUGCUGAGACCCAGGGGCAUUGCCCUGACUUGGAACAUAACCAAAAUCAAUCCCAAGUGUGCCCCCGUGGAAAGCUACCACCUCUUCCUGUGCCAUGAGAACCCUAAUAAUAAGCUGAUCUGGAAGAAAAUUGGAGAAAUUAAAGCUUUUCCACUCCCAAUGGCCUGUACUAUAUCUAAGUUUUUAGCUUCCAACAAAUAUUAUUUUACUGUCCAGUCAAAAGACAUUUUUGGGCGAUAUGGACCAUUUUGUGAUAUAAAAUCUGUUCCUGGGUUUUCUGAAAAUCUUACCUAAAAGUAUGAAAAGUAUUUGAUAAUUAUAUAUUGUACUACAUUUUGUUUUUUCAUACUUCAGUUGUUUACAAUGUUUCUCUAACACUAUUCGAUGUCUUAAAGGGCCAGUUCAGAUUGUGAACCCUUUAUACGGGGACAGUCCUCUUCCCUAUGUUGUAAGUGGCCUGUAGUUUCAUGAAUUUCUGAUUUGCAUUCAAUAAAUACUUCCAAUGGAUAUGUUCUAAGAAAUACACUAUCAUGGACCCAUGUCACUAAGCUGUGUUAGGUACAAUACGUUUGGUGACUGUGGAGCUACUGCUUCUAUCAGAAGCCCUAGGAUGUAAGCAACCACCAUUUCCUCUCUUGAAAAUCAGCUUUUGGUGACCUGCUUGUGGUCAGUAUAGGUACGGGAGAAUUCAGCUCUUUACUGAGGCCAGAUCAUCCUUGGGGUGCAUCUCCACCAAGAUUUUAUGAAAAUAGAUGUCUUCCCAUUCUGUUCAAAUUCUAAGGGCUAUUAAUUUGUGCCCCUCCCUACUCCCCCCCUUUUUUUUAGGCCAUGUCAAUCAUUUAGGGAAAUAGUCUAGGUUUUCCCGAAAUCGGUUUGUACACUUACAUACAUAAUAAAACUAGUUAAACGUUGUGUGCUGUGUACACAAAUAAUACAGUAUCUCUUGUAAAAUAAAAAAUUACCCAACCUGCUAUUUCAGUUGAGGAAAAUGGAGUUGUCUGCCUUAGAUUUAAGGCUUUAAUUUGCUGAUUCCCUAAUGAGACCCUUUGCUUAUUUCCUGGCUACCAUCAUUACUUACAACAUAACACUAAGGGGCUCCCAUAGAUGUCCUGCUUACCUCUGUCUGAGGGAACACUGAUGUGAGCUGUGGCUCCUACAAGUAGCCCAAGAAACUUGACAGGUGAGCAGACUGGGUAAGUGUAAGUCAGGCCCUGACGGGACAAACCGUGGAUAAGUAAUACUAGGACACUGAGAAAACAGAAAAAUAACUGUUAGUGUGAACGUCUGUUCAAGAGAGGCAUUCUUUUCUGGUAUAUAGUGAAAGUUCAGGCCUCAGAAGCUCUGAGAUUUAAAAAAUUGAACAGGAAUGGCUUUCCUUGGCAUUUUGUGAAUGCUGUCACAUCUUCAGUCAUCAAUGAAGAUGUUAUUUUUCAGUCUCCUGUGUCUACCUUUUAAAACACUAUGACUGAAAGAGCCAAAUUCUGAGCUGAAUUUGCAGAGAUGAGCCGCCCUCUGUGAGGCCCUGUUUCAGGCUCGGAGCCGUGGAGCGUGUUCUGCAGCACAGGACGAGGCUUCACUUGAGGACACCUGCACCCGUGGGCUGCCGUCAACUAGCCAUUCACUCGCUAAGCGAAGCCCAAAGCCUUGACGCCACAACAAGACUUCGGUGUGCAUCAGCAGAGCGAAACUGCAUCCCAACCAGCAGAUCUUCUGGAAUGUUGGUAGGUACACAAGUCUUAAGCAAAAGAGCUCUUCACAAUAGUAGAAUGAGGAGGAAUGCUGAUAGCAAGCAAGCAUCUCACAGCUGGUGGCCCAGAAAGCAUUAAUGUUUCUUGCCUUUUGGAGGGGCAGGAGCAAGAUCUUCAACUGUUAACUAUCAGGGACACCAGAAGAGAACUGGCCUGAGAACAAGACCCAGGACUGUACAGUUACAUAGUACAAGGUGAACCCCCCACCUCCACCCAGGAAACGUUUCAUGCGCUUUUGGUGGGAAACCUUUAUGCCUCCUUUAAGCAACAGAACCAAACUCUUGAUUGAUGAGCUAAAAUUGAAUAUAUUGAGAAAAGGCUGUGGGGCGGUUCCUGGAAUCAGCAGGGAGCCGAGAGACUCUGGCUUGGAAAACAGGAAAGGGGGAAAAAAGAUACUUUGCAACAAAUUCCCAUGAGGAUUCAAACCUGGGACAGUUUAUGCAAUUUAUACCCCAUAAUGAUAUGUUAAGAUAUUUUCUGCCCAUUCUAAAGAUGUGGAAACAGGUCCAGGGAGCUUGGUUGGCUUGCCCGAGUCACAGAGACCCAGCCCGUUCACACACGGCACCCUGGUCCUGGGUUCCGGCUGUACACACAGGCUGUGCGGCCUCAUGGGGACA